GCAAAAACUUAGGGAGGAAAAAAGAUCGUGCAAAAAUAUGGGUAUAUAUUACUGUAGUUCACUAACUGACUGUUUUAGUUAAAAUUUUAGGAUGUGUGACACGAAAACCCAUAUGGUUGCUUGGUCUACUCUGAUGCCUCGUCUGUGGUAUCGUGUUGCAGUUGCAAGGGUGAAUUUCCAUUUCAGUUGGUGACCCUCGACCACUCGAGUUGGUCAACGUGGGGUGAACAAUUAAGUUAAAUGUCGGUGUUUUGUUUGAGGAAAACACGUAUCAAACACGUCCUUUAGCAAAGUGAAUAUAUAACAAGAAUCACGUUAUCAAAGAAAAUUCGAAAAUCAUCGCCCUCUAGCGAAGAGUUUCAGAAGCACCGUGAGUCCAUCUGCUCACAAACAAAUCGAAUGGUUCGCAAUGAGAUCUCGGUACAGAAUGAGUUAUUUAAACUCUGCAUUUUUGUACACUAAAUCACUAAACAUCAAUAUAAAGUUGUUCGUUUAAGCACAAUAUACAUACGCGAUUCGUUCGUCCAUAACUAAAAACGUCUCGUGGAAGUGGAAGCGUUCCAAGGAUCAAGAAAGAUGCUAACCCGACCAGACAGCCAAGAUUUCUGUGGCAGAGGAGAAAUUAAGUUUAGUGGGAAUUGAAAAGUCUCGUGAUUUAGCAAUCGUUGCCGAUCGGCUGUUUAAAGUGACAGACGCUCGCGCCACAUGACCAGGAGAGGAUCUCCUGUUCUACCGUGCUGCGUCAUCGUAGAAUGGACAUACAAGGAGGAAUGUCCCGCAACACUGGACCUGGUUUGUACGAGUUCCUUAUGGAAGCAGAGCUGCAACAGUAUUAUCCUGGAAUUCGAGGGGACUUGAAAGUACAAACAACCGCUCAAUUAAAAUAUGUAACAGAAGAAGACUUAAACGCCAUUGGAAUGAGUAAACCAGAGAUGCGUCGUUUAAAGAAAUACUUUCAAAAACAUUUUCCUCAAAAUUACCUCUCCAAAUUUAAAAAGAUGCUCUUGCAGAAACGCGAGGAACAAACUUCAGGUGGUUUGACUAUGUUACCAGAAGAAAGGCAAGACAGGCCCCCAAUUCGUGUUCCUAAUAAGCAUAUGAUACCAGCUGAUGCUAUUAUUGUAAAUAAAGAACUAGGAACAGGAGAGUUUGGAGUUGUGCAGCAAGGUGUUUGGACAAAUGAUGGAGAAAGGAUACAAGUAGCAAUUAAAUGUUUAUCACGAGAAAGAAUGCAAAAUAAUCCUAUAGAAUUUUUAAAAGAAGCAGCCAUAAUGCACGCAAUUGAUCAUGAACAUAUUGUGAGACUAUAUGGUGUAGUUUUGGAUACAAAUUCAUUGAUGCUUGUGACAGAAUUGGCACCUUUAAGAUCGUUAUUGGAAUGUUUGAAGGAACCAAGUUUACGUCCUAGUUUUCCAGUCCUUUCUCUUUGUGACUUUGCAGUACAGAUUGCAGAUGGCAUGCAAUAUUUAGAAGCAAAAAGAUUAAUACAUCGUGAUCUCGCUGCUAGAAAUAUUUUGGUCUUUUCCAAGAAUAAGGUUAAAAUAUCUGAUUUUGGAUUGUCCAGAGCUUUGGGAGUUGGGAAGGACUAUUACCAAACGAAUUUCAAUGUAAACUUAAAAUUACCAAUAGCUUGGUGUGCUCCAGAAAGUAUAUCUUUCUUAAAAUUUACAUCAGCAAGUGAUGUAUGGGCUUAUGGAGUUACUUUGUGGGAAAUGUUUAGUUAUGGUUUUCAACCAUGGGCAGCAUUAACAGGUCAUCAAAUCCUAGAAGCAAUAGAUGAGCCAAACUUUCAAAGAUUAGAGCAACCAGAGUGUUGUCCAAAAGAAUAUUUUUCACUGAUGCAGCAAUGUUGGCAACAUGAACCAACAAAGCGCCCUAAAUUUUCAGAAUUAAUUAAUCUUUUGCCUGACUUGAAACCAGAACAAGUUCAAGCAGUUCAAGACAGUACAGAAACAGGUCAGCUCAUUUAUAGACAAGGAGAUGUUAUCACUGUAUUAGAUAAAGGAAGCAGCAACACAUUAUGGAAAGGUGUUUUAAAUAAUGGAAAAACUGGUUUCUUCAAUCCUGCUCAUACAAUAGCUUACCUCGGAUCUAAUUUACCGAGUAAUAAACCAGGAGAGUUUACGCGUGGCGAUGGUAAAAACGCAUUUUCUUCCCAACGACGAAAGAUUCGAACAGACAUGAUAUCUUCCCCGCAAGGCGAUUUGAAGCACACUGGUCAUGUUGGACUGGACGGAGCUUACUUUGGCGACAUAGGCUUCCUUGGUGGUAAAAAUCCACAUUUACCUCGGCAGGUAGUAUCUCCGUAUAAACCCCAAGAGGACAUCACAGAUAAUUCUAGUCAAAUUGUUAACCAAGAUGCAAGAAAUGUAGAGGUAAACAGAGAACUGUUAAGGGAUAACAGAAAUAUGCAGCAAGAUAUUCAAAAUAAACAUGAAAGUUUAUGGUCGGAUACAAGCUCCGAGAUGUGCCAUUUGGGGACAAUAGCUAAUUCCAGUAAGCAGUCUAUUUCAAUAAAUAUGACUAAUAGCACAGACGUUUUGGGAGCAGACCACGAAUAUCAUGAGAUCAGCGAUGAGGAAAAUCAAGACAGUCCCCUUCGGUUUGACAAAACAUUAAAUUUUGAUUUUGGCCCUAGUUUGUUGGCUGAAAUGGAUCAAAUGUUCAGAUCAUUAGGAUCUUCACCUCCUCCACCACCUCCAGUUCAUCCUUUGUCAACUGAACAUGAAUCGAGUAAUGCGAGAAAUGAACUGCGAGAAAUUCAAGCCAAGCAAUGCAACAAGAAGAAACAAGCCACCGUGAAGCCUAUCUCAGCCGCCGAUCAGAAAACUCUCUACUCAGCCAUUGCUAUGGCACAGGAAUUGACAGCACGUUCCAUGACAGAUCUUGAACAUCCACCGGAGUCUCCCCGAACACCCGCAAGUCCUUCAAGACGCAGAAAGUUCUCUUUUAAGUUGCCACAUCAACACAGUCCCAAACCAGACAGACGACACUUUUCAGAAGAAGCAGCCAGUAUACCUGACAUACAGUGGUUGUGUUCAAGUUUGCAAUCAUUGUCAUCCACUGUCUCCAGCAUAGAGUCGCUUGGCGCACCAUCCACCCUAAAACUACCUUUGUGGGAUAAAGCGUCUGCUGAAUUUUGUUUUGCUAAGUCCCGCGAACUUCUUACGAAGCCCAGCGCUUGGACAUCGUACAUGGACAUAGAGCUUGACGCGCACAUUAUUGACAAUGCUGCUCUAAAGCAGGAUUUGGUGAAGUCGACAGAAUUUCUGGAAAACGGUAACAAAAGGAGCAACUUCAAUUGCGAAAAUAUUACGGAUACAGAGGGAAAGUUAAACGUCUUCCCACAAAAUGGAAAGCUAUCCUCGACUGUAGAUAAGUCCAAUUUUGAUUUCCCUCGAGAUUCUAAAAGGGUGUCUACCAGUUACGUGGAACGAUACUUUGAACAACCAAAGUAUUUCGAGGAUGAUGGUACCCUUAGUUGUACUACCGAAAAAGUCUCAUAUUUUGGCGAGGAGAAGCUAGAGAAAUAUGACAAGAUCAAUAAUUUAGAACAACCAGGCAGAUCUGCUUGCUACUCGAACAUCCAAGAACAAAGCUCUAUGGUAGCGAACAAGCCUACUCUGCAGUUGCAGAAUAAAUUUAGUAACUGCGAUCAGCCUGUCAAAGAUAAUGUGACAAAUUUUGAUACGAAGUACGAUGAAACAAGUAGCUUUGAUCUAGUGAAAGACACGUCUUCGAAUUUUGUCGAUUUUCCUCGCUCUAAGCCAAUCAAGUUUGAGUCAACCAAGGUAGGUAAUUUUGAUAUCGGAACGAGACCGAAGAUUUCAAGUUCCUUUAACGACUCGUCGAAAAUGAAUAUACCAGAAUUCCCGAAGAAAAUCGAGAUACCGAAAGCAAGAGGUGGUAAAGUAUCUUAUGUCCCUCGAAGUACAAAUCAAGACAACAAAACUGUUAUCUACGGUUCGACAGACAGUAUAAAGACUAACAUAAAGGCUGGAGGAGGAUCGGAUAGUCCUAGGGGAAACAUGGAGGCCGUGAGAAUUAAUAUACAGAGUUUUCGUAAGAUCGAGCAGAACCAGAAUGGUCACGAUGGCUAUCCUUUUGUUAUUUCUAACAAUCCACUGUUUAUUGCAGAAUCUGAGAAAAAGGAAUCUCCGCUUUAUAGUAGUUCGGAGAGCUUAAGAGUGAAUUUUCAAAGACUUAGAAGAAAAAGUGAUGCAGAGGCAAACAGUCAGGUUGAACUGAGUAGCAAACUGCUGGCCGAGAAAUAUCAGCGUGAAGUAUCUGGCUUGGAAAGUGUAAAAAGUUAUCUGGAUUCUAAAAAGGGUCAAGGACUGAAUCUAGGGUUAGGUAAAUUAACCCAAAAUAUGAUUCAACUGGGUAAGAAUAUCGCCCAGAAUACUAGGAAUAUAGAAACCACCCCUUCUAAGUCGUUGGUCACCAAUAUCAGAAACUUAGACCUUUUAGGACAAACUCAAACGCCACUUAGAAGCUUGAAUAUCCCUAUUCAAAAGCCUAAACAUUUGGAUUUAAAUAUUCCUCUGCAGUGUCAGACACAGAUCAACGCGAAGCUGAAUGUAACGCAAAAGGUUAACCCUCCAUCAAGUCCUACUAUACACCAGCAAAUUCUGGAGCCGCCUAAAUUGUAUCAGAAUGACAACUCGAGGAAAGAAGUACCCAAGACUGACGUCUUGUUGGACAAACUGUCAACGCCAGUUAAUAUAUACAGGCAGAGAACGUCAUCCCUCUCUGAGAAUAGGAAGCCACCUCUUAAAAAUAUACGAAGGUCAUUUCAUCCAACCAAUGACUCCAGCGAAGACUCAGACUCUAUAUCUCAUUCAGAAACCGAUAUACGAAGUCGUUUGCGUUACAAGCGACGUCACAAGAAGCUUCCACAUAAUCUGCGUUUGAAUUUCAAGAACAAAGGUCACUUUCUGCAUCCAGAAACGGCUCGAGGAUUUUCGUCAAUCGAACUUUGUGGAAAAUCGCCUCCACCGUCGACCAGUUUCUUGAAUUCACUCUCACCGCCUUUCUCCUCUGGAAACAAUUUGCUUUCUUGGCCAGAAAGCGCUCCAAGUUCUAGUUUAACAUUCACCAGUAACUCUGAUCUGGAUUCCGAUACUAGUUCAGAGUAUCCAGAGUUUACAAACGACGCUACGUUGUCGGACGAGGCCAAGGAAGUCUACAACAGUCUAGUGGAGACGCCGAGCAUAGACACCGCUUCGGAUACGAAUCCGUUGCGGAUGCUGCGUUCCGGCGUGCCCAUAGUGAGGCCGAGAAUCCGUGGGAACAAGCACGCCACCUUAGCCCACACUGGUUCCCAUCAGGAAGACCUGUCGAGAGACACCUUUCACUUCGACGCGUAUCAUAGCGGCUCGAAGACCUUGCCCAAGAUCAGAGCACCGCCUUUGCCACACGCUCCACCGCCGCUACCACAAACGCGUCAUUUGGAGAGACACCAUUCCGCCCUAGAGAUUGAGAACAAUCAGAAUCAGAAUAACGUGGAUGAGAAUCCUAUACCGUUGCCACCCAGAGACAGAUCGAAAACCUUGCAGCCCAAAUCCAGUUUGCCCAGACACCAGAGGAAGCAUCCUCUAAUCAUUCCUGGAGACGGAGUCACUAGAACUCUAGCUAAAAUGGCAGUGACCACACCACCUAUCGAAGACCAGGUAGAUGGGAAUCUGCAGAGUGCCAGUUCUUCAGUAGUCAGUACCUCUCUGCAGGAGGGAUACUCUUCUGAGACGUCAGCCAACAGCCCUGAAGAGUUUGAACAACGUAUAGACUCCGAGCUGGCAGCGUUGGACUCGUUGCCAACCGACGAAAAUAGACUCCACCGUUUCAGCGUGAUUUCCGAGGACCUGCUCGAGUUCUCCGAUAACCUGAUAGACUGCGACAGUACGGAAUACCGGCAGAAUAUGCAGGAGAGCGAUAUACAGUCGACAAACUCGUCAACAGAGCGUCUACAGAGGAAGAUCAGCGUGGAGUCCAAGUCUUCUUUACGAAGUUCAACCUCCAAGUGUGUCCAAGAGAGCGAGAUCGCUGAGACCAGCAGGAACUCCACUCCGACAGGAUCGAACAAGUCCGAAGACUCGGCUGCCUCUAGCAAACUCCAACCCAGCAGAACCAUCUUGGUCCAGAGGCCUUCCAACUAUAUGAUGCACUUCGACUACGGGGAAUACUCUGAGAAUAAUUCGCAGAAGGGUAAACAGCAAUCUGAAGGCAUGCUGCCUAAAGAGUCUUCCACUGUUGAGCCAACCGACAGUUUCCAUUCUGCGUCCAAGAUAUAUAACAGGUUGUCCAGCGAGAAGGUACCGGGUCGUACCAGCGAUCUCUCUCGUCAGUCAGAUCAUGUUAGCUGCGAGGACUUGUUAGAGUUCGCUUGCGAUGGUCCUAAUGCGAGGAGAACACGUGGUCCGCGGAACGGAGAGCAAUCGGACGAAGUCAGGAUCAUGAUGAAAGUGUUGCACGAACAAUCCACGCCGGAGUCCUGCAUUGCAGCCUUGAACGUCACCGACUGGGACGUCUUGGCGGCAAUAAAGCUGGAGCGGCUCCAAGGUCUGUUGAAGAAAGAGAACAACUUUGUUGGCCUUGAAGAUUGCAAGGUGAUGCUGAAUCAGUGUGGCGGCGACGUUGUCAAAGCAGCCGCGUUGUUGCGUAACACGGAUGAUACUGCAGCAGUUUAGUUGGUGAAUUGAUAACAGCCUGGCUCAAUUUUUGGGAGGUCAUCUGGGAUUGCAUCAUCGAUUCAGAAAGGAUGGUGUAGUCGCUGGGAGUCGACUUGUUCUCGGGGGGUAAAUAGUAUUUUUCAGGAUGCCUUUUCCUUUUCUUCUUCAUCAUCUUCUUUCUCUUCUUCUUUUUGUAUCGUUCUCGUUUAUCCCGUGUGUAGAAAACUAGAUCAAUUGAAACGAUGUUUAUUUAUUAUUUUAGGGUUACUAGAACGAGAAUAGUAUUUGGACGUAUUAUUUCUACUGCCUAAAGAUGAGAGAUAGGCACUUCGAUUUAGCGCGAUUGAGCUUCUCCUACCAACGAUAUAGACUGCAGGCUGGUACGGGGACAGAACAUCCGUGGUUUGAUCAGAAUGUACUGUUGACAAAGCGGAAAGGAAGUAGUAAUUUCAAUACUCAGAAAAGAUCAAUCCAAAUUCAUUGUCUAGAACGUUGUCGUUUGAAACACUAAGUAUGAAGUUUCAUGAAACAAUGUAGUCACGGCUUCAAUUUUUGGAGCAACGUUAAAGGAGAUCAUUAUGUGUUCUGUUUCCUGCAGACCAAUCUGCGUAGAGCAAUAGCUUCUUUUAUAAGUUUAAUUUAACUAUUAGUGAAGGAAAUUAAAUUAUUUUUUUCUUCUUUUGUAUGUUUGUAAUAUGAUUGACCCUUUCUUCUCAAUAUCUUACGUUGAAAAUUUGUGGAAUAUUGUUAGUACAAAAAAAAAGUUGCAAUUUCAUUUACAGUAGGAGUUCCCUGGUGAAACGACUUUUCAAAAGAUCGACUCAAUAGUGAAAUCUUAUUAUUGUUUUGGAUUCUUUUUUCCACUGACGGGGAAACCUAUGGAUUCUUUGACUCAACAAUCCCUUCAGUCAGAAUCAUCAGUGUCACAGCUAUAGUUUUCUAAGUUCAUUAUCAUUACUAUAUUAAACUAAAAGCAAUUCUGCAGCUUCUAUAUACAUGAUUAAUAAUAUUUCAUACAAAUUGUGUGAUUGCGGAUAUAUCUGAUUGUUUUAGGGUCUGUUAAUAAUUUGCACAAUACAUAUAUAGCUAAUCGGAUGAUUGUGGAAUUAGGGGUUAAACCAAUAUAUUCUGCAUUUUGAGUUAGGCGAAGCGUUAAGAGAAAAGUAUUACAAUGCCUACGACUAAGCAGCGAAUAAUCCUUGUAUCGUGUGAUACAGUGAUCAGAGACUCUCUAUAUUUUGCGUUUCGUUUUACCGCCGCUCAUGAUUACUUUCACAGAAUCAUGUAUUUUAUAAGGUGACAAUCAUUUUUGUAGUGAAUCAUCGUGUCAACUAAUUCCUAAAUCAUACUGCGUGUUCGGAUUUUCGCCGUUUUUGAAAGCGAAGAAAAACAAACGCUAAUACGUUUUGCUGAUAGAAGCAAGUUUCGUUUCCAAAGAUAAUAUUCUCACGGUAUUAUUGUUUGGUACCAUACGCACUAUACAGCUUAGUGUUCACAUUGUAUUGAUUACAACACACAGUUUUCUUUGCAACUAGAGACUCCUCUCUAUUAACCGUGAGUUAAUCCGAUAGAUAAAUAGUAGAUUUAGGCGUGUCGUAUAUGCGUAAUCAUUGCUGAGGAUUAGCACAAAUACAAGAGGUAGAGGUAUCAGCUUGUUACGUAUUCUGUUUGGGGGUAAACAGUCUUUGGUAACGUGGAACAUGUUUUACCCGGUAGUAGGGUACAGUAAGCACCAAAUAUUGCGGAUGAAAUCUCUGUGUUCAGUAAGAUUGAUUUUUAUAUUUGCUCUCGGUAGCAGACCUAGGCAUAGAUCGAUUUGAAAUGCACAAUGAAGAGCAAUGUGCAUUUCAAAUACAGUGCUAUUUAUGCUUCUAAAGUAACUAUUAGACAAACUCACCUCAUUUCACACAAAUAAGUAGCAAAUUAUUGAAAAGCUAUUCUUUUAUAAAAAUGAAUUUUCUUGAACAAGAUAAUAAGUACUGAAAACAUUUGGAUUAUAGUAGGCUUUAUACAACUUUUAUGUAUAUGGAAAUAAUUACAAAAAGGGAUUUAGUUCAUUGAAUAACAUAAAUAUGAUUUUAAGAAUCACUUUCGCAGACAUAAAUGUUAACUAUUUUUAUUUAUAUCCAGGUCUGCUUGGCAAGGAGCUUUUGCGUUAUUAUUUGUUAAGUUGUAAGAGGUAUAAUGACUGAAAGGAUGAGAACAAUAUGCGAGAAAGAAAGUAACUUACUGAUGUUAGUCGCGUUCGAACUGAAUUAUAAUGUCUGGUGUCCUUAGCCGGGAGGUUUAAAUUGUUAUUAAUUCUUUACUUCUAUUGUAAUCUUCCAGUAGGUGUCACAGAUAGAAGAAACCUUUUUGUUUUUUGCAUCAUCGAUUACUAAUGCAUGAUAGAAUUCACGCAAUCCGAAGGUAUCAUUUUUAUAAUAUUUGACUAUAAGUUUCGAAGCACACCUUUGGAUUGCUUGAGUUUUAAGAUACUGUAGCGAAUACGAAAAAUGUUGAUCAAACGUCGAGAAACAUAUCCGGAAUCGAACGUAUUUUGAUUGGGGUGGAACUGUUAGACUUGAUUGAGAAAUAUUUUUUCAUGUACCCUCUUUUUUACCAGAGACAUUUUCUAUGACAUACUUCCUUUAAACAAUUACCCCAGUUAAAGCGGAUUCGAUGAGUAAAGUUGCUCACUAGUAUGUUUGUGAACGUUUUAUUAGAGAAAAAGAAAAAAUGAAACAAAAGAAUGAACUGAGAGAAAAGUAAUUUGAUUAAGAUUUGCGAGAUCCUUGCCAUACUUUCGCAUUCUUCAACGAAGCCAAAUAGGAGCUUACGAGAAACGCCUAAGUAAUGUUACUUAGCCCUUUUUUGUAAUGACAUUGAACAAUAAGGUUUUCGGUUCCUGAAUAAAAAUAUGCAUGCAUGUA